AUGAUAGACAACUUUGAAUUGAAACUAGAAACUUUACUAGAUUGGGUGAAGAAUACCGAUGAUGAAAAGAAGAUAUCAAACCAUACGUAUAUUUCUCCGCAAAUUGAUGUGAAAGAUGUGAGAUCAUCAGGUAGAGGUAUUUAUGCAGUUAGACCAUUGAAGAAGGCAGAAUUGAUUCUUAAUAUCCCACAUUCAUUUUUAUUAAAUUUUACCACUGUUAUGGCACAUAUUGCUAAAUAUAAUGGCAUGACAAUAGAUCUGCACAUACACGUACCAUUUGAUAAACACAAAGAUGAAUAUACAGAGAUAUAUCGUAUGUUAACAAAGGAAGAGAUUCUAGAUCUCUCAUCAUUCCAAUUAUUGUCGUUAUACCUAACAUUCGAACGAAGAAGAUCUUCCAAAUCGUUCUGGAAACCGUUUUUGGACAUGCUACCAUCUAUGGAAGAUUUUGAAUUGAUGCCGAUAGACUGGCCACAUGAAAUAUACACGUUAUUACCCUCCUCUACUGGUGUUAGGAACAGAAAAGUUCGUUCUCGAUUUGAAAAUGAUUAUCGGGUUAUUUGUGAAUUAAUCAAGACAAAAAUUGACAAAGCAGGAGAUGUCACAACCCUACUUCCUCGUCAAGAAGUGUUAUUAUCUUGGUUGUGUAUUAACUCCCGUUGCCUUUACAUGGAUUUACCAACAAGCAAAAACUCUGCUGAUAAUUUUACAAUGGCUCCGUAUGUUGAUUUUAUGAAUCAUUCGUGUGACGACCAUUGCACGUUGAAAAUUGAUGGUAAAGGGUUCCAAGUACGGACUACUUCUCAGUAUAAUAUUGGCGACCAAGUUUAUUUGAGCUAUGGACCUCAUAGUAAUGAGUUUUUAUUAUGUGAAUAUGGUUUCGUGAUUCCCGAAAACAAAUGGAAUGAUUUGGAUAUCAGCCAAUAUAUUGUACCACUUUUAAAGCCACUACAUGUCGACUUUCUAAAAACAUUUGAUUAUUACGAUAAUUACACAAUGACUAAAGAAGGAAUCUCGUUUCGAACAGAAGUAGCGUUGGCUACGUUACAGGAGUCAGAUCCUCAAAACUCACGCAAAUUAUUGGCCUUGAUAAACGGUUACACCGAUGGAGACAUAUUCAAGGAACAUUCAAACGUAUUAUUACUGGUCAUAUUGAAUAAAAUAAUUCACGAAGCGGAGAAACAACAACACCUUCAAUAUGACGACGACAAAAGAAAGAAAGUAAUAGGAGCUUUGUAUCACGACAUAAAAUCGAUUGCAUCCAACGUAUUAACAUAUAUACAAGAAAAAUCCAGUUCAGAAUUUUGA